AUGGUUCUGGAGGACAGCGAGUGCGACUCAGUCUUUGAGCCUCACGUCACGGAGGACUAUGUGGACACUGCGUUUGGAAAACUCCACUGUGUCUUGUCCGGGACGCAGAAGCACAACCGUCCUAUCAUCCUGACCUUCCACGACGUCGGCCUGAACUAUAAAGCGUGUUUCGAGUCUCUCUUCGCUCACGAGGACAUGAAGGAGAUCACCAGACACUUCCCUGUGCUUCAUGUGGAGGCUCCAGGACAACAGGAGGAGGCCAAGACCCUGUCCAGCUCGUACGUGUUCCCCACCAUGGACCAGCUCUCGGAGACCCUCACCUCCGUCCUCAAGCACUUUGGACUGCGCAGCAUCAUCGGACUCGGUGUUGGAGCAGGAGCUUACGUCUUAGCUAAAUUUGCAUUGAAUCACCCAGACAUGGUGGAUGGUCUGGUUCUCAUCAACAUUAACCCACACGCAGAGGGCCUGAUGGACACCAUGGCGAGCAAACUCACAGAAUGGACCCACACUCUCCCCGACACCAUCAUCGCACACAUGUUUGGGAAAGUGGAGAUCCAGACUAACCAGGACCUGAUCGCCACCUACCGCCACCACAUCACCACCAACAUGAACCAGGCCAACGUCACCCAGUUCUUCCGCUCGUACCUGAGCAGAUCAGCUCUGGAGGUGGAGAGGCCCGUGCCCGACGGCAGCGUCAACGUCCGCACGCUCAAAUGCUCCACACUGCUGGUGGUGGGAGACUUCUCUCCGGCCGUGGAGCCUGUAGUCGACUGUAACUCCAAACUCAACCCGACAAAAACCACGCUGCUCAAGAUGGCCGACUGUGGAGGACUUCCCCAAGUGGACCAGCCCGCCAAAGUCAUAGAGGCCCUCAAGUACUUCAUCCAGGGCCUGGGAUACUUGUCCAGUGCCAGCAUGACCCGCCUGCGCUCCAGGACCAGCUCCAGCACCUCCUCCUUCGACGGGGCCCGCAGCCGCUCCCACACCAACGACUCCCAGCGCGGGGGACUACCCUCUGCUGGCACCGAGAAGCAGCGGCACCACAGCGACAACGCCAUGGAGGUCUCCCACGCCAACAUGGACCGCUUCACCAACUCUGGAGAAAAUAUUUCCAGGAUCUCCUCCUACUACGCUGAGUAUGAGAGCAAGCUAGCCCCCCCAGGAGCCCGCGACUUCCCCAUGGCCUCCUCCUCCUUCAUGGAUCCUGGCCUCAGUCACUCGGGGGGAUGCAGUGGUCUGAAGGUCCGCUCCGGAGGCUCCUUGACUGCAGGGGGCGCUCUGGAGAGGCCCCCGGGAUCCAUGGACCGAGUGCUCAAGAUCUUCCACUACUUUGAGACAAACAGCGAACCCUGCACCUGGGCCAGCAACAUCCGGCACGGAGACGCCACGGACGUCAGGGGGGUGAUCCAGAAGAUGGCAGAGAUCCACAAACUGCGCUGCGUCUCGUCCCUCGGCCUGCGCCUCACUCACCUGCACUCGGACGCUCUGCACUGGCUGCACCCCGACCUGGGAGUGUCCCACGUGAGGGAGAAGUACGAGAGACAGCACCCCCAGGAGGAGUGGAGGUACGAGCUGCGGAUGAGAUACUUCCCCAAAGGUUACCUCAGUCACUUCUCUGAAGACAAACCCUCCCUCAACUACCUCUACCACCAGGUGAAGAGCGACUACAUGCUGCACAUCGCUGACCAAGUGGACCAAGACGUGGCUUUGAAAUUAGGCUGUUUAGAAAUUAGGAGAUUUUUUAGAGAAAUGCCCGGGAACGCUCUGGACAAAAAAUCGAAUUACGAGCUGCUAGAGAAGGAUGUGGGUCUACGACGGUUUUUCCCCAAGAGCCUCCUGGACUCUCUGAAGGCUAAAACUCUUCGUAAGCAGAUCCAGCAGACGUUCAAGCAGUUCGCAAACUUCAACGACGAGCAGAGCAUCCACAAGUUCUUUGAGAUCCUCACUCCCAUCUGUCGCUUUGACAAAGAGUGCUUCAAGUGUGCUUUAGGGUCCAGUUGGGUCAUUUCUGUGGAACUGGCCAUCGGACCUGAAGAAGGAAUCAGCUACCUCGCCGACAAGGGCUCCACGCCGACUCACUUAGCCAACUUCACCCAGGUCCAGUCCAUCCAGUACUCGCCUUUAGAGGAGAAGGAUCGCAAAGGCAUGCUGCAGCUGCAUGUGGCCGGGGCUCCAGAGCCGCUGACCGUCACCACGGCCUCUCUCACCACGGCUGAGAACAUGGCCGACCUCAUCGACGGAUACUGCAGACUGCUGUCCUCCGUCUGCCACUCCUUCAUCAUCAGAGUGCACAAAGAUGGAGACCGGGCUCUUCCAUCACUUCCAAAGGUGUCUAAUCACGAGAGGCGGAUGGAGAAGCGGAUGGACGGAGUUCGGACCAGAGCUGUGUGCGUCUCUGGUCACAAUAGUGGAGACGAGACGGACGAUUACGCCGAGAUCAUCGACGAAGAGGACACCUACACCAUGCCUUCAACGAGAGACUAUGAGAUCCAGCGCGACCGGAUCGAGCUGGGCCGCUGCAUCGGAGAGGGCCAGUUCGGAGACGUGCACCAGGGAAUCUACAUCAGUCCAGAAAACCCAGCAUUAUCUGUGGCGGUGAAGACGUGUAAAAACUCCACGUCCGACAGUGUUCGAGAAAAGUUUCUUCAAGAGGCGUUGACGAUGCGGCAGUUCGAUCACCCGCACAUCGUGAAGCUGAUGGGGGUCAUCACCGACAACCCAGUGUGGAUCAUCAUGGAGCUGUGUACUCUGGGGGAGCUGCGGUCCUUCCUGCAGGUCCGGAAGUACAGUCUGGACCUGGCCUCGCUGAUCCUCUACUCGUACCAGCUCAGCACGGCUCUGGCCUAUCUGGAGAGCAAGCGCUUUGUGCACAGGGACAUCGCAGCUCGUAACGUCCUGGUGUCCACUGCAGACUGUGUGAAGCUGGGGGACUUUGGUUUGUCCAGAUACAUGGAGGACAGCUCUUAUUACAAAGCCUCUAAAGGGAAACUCCCGAUCAAGUGGAUGGCCCCAGAGUCCAUCAACUUUAGGAGAUUCACCACGGCCAGCGACGUCUGGAUGUUUGGCGUGUGCAUGUGGGAGAUCCUCAUGUUCGGAGUGAAGCCGUUCCAGGGCGUGAAGAACAACGAUGUCAUCGGGAGGAUAGAGAACGGCGAGCGGCUGGCCAUGCCCCCACAGUGCCCCCCCACGCUCUACAGCCUCAUGACCAAGUGCUGGAGCUACGACCCGAGCAAGAGGCCACGCUUCAACGAGCUCAAGACGCAGCUCAGCACCAUCCUGGAGGAGGAGAAGCUGCAGCAGAAGGAGAGGAGCCGGAUGGAGAUGAGGCGACAGGUCACUGUGUCCUGGGACUCGGCAGGCUCAGACGAAGCUCCACCUAAACCGAGUCGCCGCCCCUCCCUGCUGAGCACCCCCUUCACCCUGGACUGCUUCUCUCCUCCUUCACCCUACCACCAUUACCACCACCACCACCACCACCACCACAACCCCAAGCAGCUCCCAGACAAGCUGCUGUGCCUGGGGACCCCUCCUCCGCCUCCUCUCCCAUCCACAUCCUCUGCUCUCUUGCCAGCGGACGGCCCUCUCUUGCCUAUUACGCAUUCACAAACUCUCCCAUACUUCUACAGGGAGACUCAGAACGGCUGUGUGUUUGCCGAGUCCCUGCUUUCUCUCUCCAGUCCCAACCUCUGCACACUUCCCUACAGCAUGUCUGUCAUAUGUCAAAACCCCUGCGGAGCAUAUUCCCGCCUUAGGUCCUUGCCGAGCUUUCCCCCUACGCGCGCCGGGUGGGAGCAGCCCGUCACGAAGAGGCUGAGCGGCUCGCAGGCGGCCUUAAGCGCGGGCCAAACGCCGCCUUCGGCCCGCGCUCCUCUACCUCCACAGCAGCAGCCGCAGAAAUCUCGCAGCUUCUCUGUAACCAACAGCUCUCCCCGCGUCGACAGACCCACAUGCUUCCAGUCCAAGCCGAGUCGCCCCGGUUACCCCAGCCCCCGCUCCAGUGAAGGAUUCUACCCCAGCCCCCAGCACCCGGGACACUACCAGAUGGCUGGGUAUCCGGGGCCCCACACGCUGCCCUCGGUCCCCAGUGCUCUGUACCCGCCCCUGUCUGCUCUGGACACUCACCACGCCCACACCCACCCACGCCACCACAGCCACGCACACUCCCAGCUGCUGCCCCACGGACCAGACAUGGCUCUGUGGGGGUCCGCCAUGGAGAACAGGGCUGUAGACUUGCCUCCCUGCAUAAGCCCACAGCUGAUGGAGGAGCAGCUCCUGAUGCAGCAGCAGCAGAUGGAGGAGGACCGGAGGUGGCUGGAGCAUGAGGAGAGGCUGCUGAAGCCUGACACGCGAAGCUCGAGAGGAAGUCUGGACCGAGAGGAUGGAGGCCUGCCCACGAGUGGAAACCAGCACAUCUACCAGCCCGUGGGGAAAGCAGAACUUCCCGCGGCCCCAAAGAAGCCUCCUCGACCCGGAGCCCAGAGCCAGGGAGGCGUGGCCUGCGUGAACUCAGCCGACAGCUACAACGACGGAGUCAAGCUGCAGCCUCAGGAGAUCAGCCCUCCCCCCACGGCCAACCUGGACCGCUCCAACGACCGCGUCUACGAGAACGUGACGGGGCUGGUGAAGGCGGUCAUCGAGAUGUCCAGCAAGAUCCAGCCAGCUCCACCAGAGGAGUACGUGCCCAUGGUCAAGGACGUGGGUCUGGCUCUGAGGACGCUGUUGGCCACUGUGGACGAGACGCUCCCGCAGCUCCCAGCCAGCACGCACAGAGAGAUUGAAAUGGCACAAAAACUGUUGAACUCUGACUUGGCGGAGCUCAUUGGGAAGAUGAAGUUAGCCCAGCAAUAUGUGAUGACCAGCCUGCAGCAGGACUACAAGAAGCAGAUGCUGACCGCCGCUCACGCACUCGCCGUGGACGCCAAGAACCUGCUGGACGUCAUCGACCAAUCGCGGCUCAAGAUGAUGGCCCCGCCCCGCCCGCACUAG